UACUCGUUUUAUCUCUUUAGAUAUUAUUUGUUCCCCCCCAAAUCAUUCUAUGCUACGAAUUUAGCCCUUUAGGGUUUGUAGCAUCAACCGACCAUGGCUUCUUGCAAACUUCCUCAUCAAUUUCUUAAAUUGAAGUCGAAUAACAUCUGGGAAUUUCAAUUUUCAUUCAGGUGUUGGUUUGGAAGAUGGAGCAAGAGGUGAUGGAAUCAGAGAUGAUUUUACCCACACACCUGAGUUUCAAAAAGAUUCAAAUGCAGGACAAGUACCCAAAGGGGCAAGCUAGAGGGAGGCACUGGAAGCAUCUCAAACAAAUCAUACAAGCUGAAAAUUACCAAAAUUACCCACCUUAUCAACCCAAUUAUGUUAAUAUCGAGUCGCCACCAUCGAUGCACCCUCGGAAGCAAAUUUGUGAUAUAACUGGAUUUGAGGCUCCUUAUAGCGACCCAAGAACCCAUCUACGGUAUGCAAACACCGAAGUGUUUAAGCUCAUCAGAUCACUUCCUAACGAGUAUGUGCAACGAUAUCUCGCUCUUAGAAAUGCAGCAGUUGUUCUCAAGUAACUCCUCAUUUUGUCUGUUAGUUGAAUUUCUCCUAUUGUGUCUGUGGUACCUAUCUGAUACUAGAAUUUUAGUGAUAUGAAAAACUUCUUCUGAUCUAACAA